AUGACCGGACAAUCCACCUCCUUGUUAAUUGCAUUGGUUUUAGCAACAGGCAUCCUGGCAGCUCCAAAAUCCUACCCCAAAGUAAUCCCCGGCCCCGGUCUCCCCUCUCUCGCCUCUCUGAACCUCACAUCCGCGGACCUCUAUGAACUGGACUACCAUACCAUUCUCUCAGACAUCACUUCCCGAGAGGAAAGUGCCCCAUUAGUACCGCGUUUCAACCUCAAUUGCGACGGGCAGAAAUGCCAAGCUACCGAUGCUGUUGCAUGUAUCAACUAUCUCGCCAUGUUGGGGAGCGAGACGUGUAAUAUGAAUUUUGACAAUAACUUGCAUCAAGCUCUGCUGUGCACGUCGGCAAGUGCGAGAAUUAUUGCCCAUCAAAUUCAACCAAACCAGCUUUCUUCCUGUCAAGAUGUUGCACGAGGAGGAGGACAGAUCAUGGACCGCUGCACCAACUUUGGUCUGGUUUCUGGACAAGGCCCAGCGUGGGGAAACGGCGGCUACAUCGUUGAUAUUGCUCUCGCUGGUACCAACUAA